AUGAAGUUCUCCCAAGCUCUCAUCUUCCUCUCCGGGCUCGCCCUCACCGCCCAGGCCACCGCCCUCCCCAACGACCUGAACGACAGGAGCGCCCUCGAGGAGCCCUCCGUCGACGAGCCGGUCUACGACGAGCCUCUCACCGACAUUUUCGGCCUCGACAAGCGUGCCUGCGGCAGUCCCAUGUGCGGCGGUGCCGUUGCCAAGCGCGACGCCAACUGCCCGCUCAGCUGUAUGACCAGACAAUGCGUCCGGUACUCGUGCCGCACAGGAAAGGACAUGAUCUGCGGCAAGAACAAGAAGAGUUGCGCGCGGGGUACGUUUUACUUCCCUUACGAUCCCGAGUUGAAUCUCGGCUUUGUAUAA